UUGGACUUUGGCCUACGGUCACUCUAAACCACUCGACGCGAAUUACUGAAUCGCCGCCAUUCGAAAAAAACUUAAAUCCUGAGAAAAGCACGCUGAAAAUCGCAACAAAUACUUGCCCGAAAACGUGAAUAAAAUCUACGAAUCCCCGGCAAACAAAAGUUGCAAAUCAAAAAGCUGAAUUUGCAUAGAGAAAAUACUCCCGAGUGACCGGCAUUUCGCUUUUGCGGCAAAAAGUUGCAUCAGUGUGGGUGUACGUUCCGUUCGAUCCAGCAGCCAAAACGAGACGGAGAAAGCUUUUAAAAUCGAGGUGUUAAUUGCUUGAGAGGUGCGUGAAGUUCGCGACUUGGCUGCCUGCCGUCCACUCAGGCACGCAUACAGCUAUACGGGCAACAGCGACGCCACACACACACACACACAUAAACACGCGCAAAAGCCGCUUCCACUGACCGACUGACUGCUAUUGCAGAGCAAAAGAGAGGCAAGAACGCUAGAACCAUGGCCGAACCAAGGACGCCCGAGAAGCUGCUGACCGCCAAGCCGCCGGUGUUCCACCACAACAGCCACAGCCCCAAUGCCUCGCUGCAGCUGCCCAGUCCUAUCAUCACGCGGCGCACACGCACGGCCUCGACCUCCGCUCGGGCUCUGGAAAAUCCGGUGGUGACCGGCAUCGUGAAAUCCUUCAGCCGCAGCAAGGGACACGGCUUCAUUACACCCAGCGGCGGUGGCGAGGACGUAUUCUGCCAUGUUUCCGACAUCGAAGGCGAAUAUGUACCCAUGCCCGGGGACGAGGUCAAAUACCGUCUGUGCGCCAUUCCACCCAAGUACGAGAAACACCAGGCAGUGCAUGUGCAGAUUAGCAACCUAACGCCCGAGGUGCACCACAAGUGGGAGGAGCCGGUCUUUGGCUCAUCGCCUGCCAAGUAGAGCUGGAGCAGGAGCAGGGAAUAAGGCAAAGGGAGCGGAAAAGCGAGCAGUUAAAAGCUAAAUGGCCUUCCACGAAAUUUAAUUGAACUGGAGCACGCCAACCGGGAGGAGCGAGAAGCGAAAGGCAAACAGAGAACGAAACAAUAACCAUGAAAGUAAACGAAAGCAGCCGCCAGGAAAGCCAGCCAAUACAGAGAUCGUAAUAGAAUAUAGAAUAACAGGCCUGCCAUCCAGCCAACAGCAGCAUCAGAGUUUCAAUUGAACACUUAAUUAGAAUUUAAGCUAAGCUAUGGAAACAAAACGGUCACAAAUAUUGCCUUCUUCCCUCUGGAAGAGUGAAGAGCAAACCAGUUUCAAGUCUAUUAUUAUUGAAAACGUAUGUAUUCGGAAAUUGAAAUUGUUAUUCGAGAUGCCGGCCAGUAUGGAGCCUGUAUCAGUAAUUACUUUUAAUUAUAAUUGAAACAUCUGAAUGUGUUCGCUCAGCAAGCAAGUAAAAUGCUCUCAGUAAUUCACUUUAUUAUUAAAACAAAAGCUGCAAAACAA